AUGGAUUCCGAAAUUCUACUGGCUCGUGAGAACGAAUUCAAAAAAUUAAAUAUGCAACUGGAAAAGAAAUCCGAGAAUUUACUGAAACGAAUUGAAAAUGCCGUGGAAAAACGAGAUAUAUUUUCUGAUUUUUUAAACAAUUCGACCUUAACAGAGAAGCGAUCACACAAACGAGGUUUUACUAAAGAUAAUUUGAGAAGUAAAACAGAAAACCAAAUACAAAAAGAUGAUUUGAAUUUAGAACAUAGAGACUUGGAAGUGAAGGAGAGAAAUGAAUUUAAAAAUGGAAUGCACGAGAAAUUACACACAGACGACUGGCUGGAGAGAAAGUGUGAUUGUAUAAAUAAAAAAAAUAAUGAUUUGGAAUUUCUGUAUGCCUUUGUAUCUGUUAAUGUUAAGAAUAAUGUUUUGCCGCCAUCUUUUUUAAAAGAUAAAGUAACGGUGGAGAGUGUAUGUAAGUUUAUGUCAGCGAAAGUGAAUUUAAUGCAAGAGCAAAUAAAUAAUGUGCAAGCGGCCAUAGACAAAAAGGCAAAGCAGUAUGACAAACAUAUGAUCCAACUAGCGGAAUAUGAGGCUGAGAGACUGUCUUUAUUGAACAGAGACAACAACAUGAAGAGUGAGAUAGCUGAUAUUAAAGCUAAAUACAGCGUGAUGCAAAAUAAACUUAAUGAUAAAGAACGUCUCUACAAAGAACAGAGAAGUGUAACAGACAGACUGACAAAUGACUUAAAGCAGAUCAAAUCCAGAAACACUAGUGUUGAAGCCCGGUGCGCCUCGCAGGAAGAAGUCAUUGCAACACUGAAACAACAACUGGAGACAGCUAAAAUUACUGAAAAGGAAUUACGUGAAUCAAGCCGUAAUAUCUCAUCGUCCCAACAAAAUGCCAUCAGCCGUCUUGAAGCCAGGGUGAAGGCUUUAAUUACUACAGUUGACAAACAGAUGGCGCUGAUACACAAUCUGAGGAAACAAAACGUUAUGCUGCAGACAGAGGGCGCUUUGAGAGCUUUUGAGAAAGAAUACUGCGAUUUUUUGAAACAGGAUAUGUAA